GAUUUGAAUUCCCACGGACAGCAUAUGGUGUAACAACAAAACAAUAGCCCGUGCUGUGUUUCAGUAUAUUCAUCAUUUAGGUAUUUUGAAUGGUAAACUUUGCUGUCGGUUAGAUGAAAAUUUCCAAAGACAACGUCUGAUGACCGCUGGGUAAAAUGGGUUUGUUGUCUAGUAAAUAAUACGAGAUUUUGCAUCAGUGUUUUGAUAUAGCUAGCAAACUGAAAGCACUGUUUCCCAGCGAGAAAUAAAGUUAUAAAAGAUGCUCUGUACUCUAUAUCAUAUAAUGAUUUAAAGUUAGUCAACGUUUUAGCUCCCCAUCUAUUCAAAUAUUUAAGUAGCUGCAGCAGUUCAGGCACAAACUGCAGCAGUAAGUUACCGCUCGAUUAUUUACAUAUGUUUCUGAGAAGAAAGCGUUAGGAUGUACAAACAGUGGUCUGUAGAUUCAGACGUAGACCCGAAAGUGACGUGGAAACGGUCACAAUCCAAUCUGCAGCAAAAUGGAGAAAAAACAAGUCCCAUUAGCGUCAUAUUAGUUAGUUCUGGGAGCAGAGGAAACAAAUUGCUCUUCCGAUACCCAUUCCAGAAAGUAUCUGAAAGCACCUCAUCGGCAACGUCCAAACAGCGAAGUCCAUACGUGUUGAAUACCUCAGGUGAUUCUACAGAGGAUCAGGAUGGUGAUUCAAGUUUCAGAGAACACACUCCACUAACUGAUGAACAGUUGGUAGCAGGAUUUUCUGAUAUCAUUCUUGCUACCAUCUUGGCUACCAAGUCUGAUAUGUGCGGCAAGAAGUUUGAACUAAAAAUUGACAAUGUGCGCUUCGUCGGUCAUCCAACUCUACUACAGCACCCACAAAAUAUUCAGGUCUCCAAAACCGACCCCUCCCCCAAAAGAGAGCUACCCACCAUGAUCCUGUUUAGUGUUGUCUUUGCUUUAAGGGCCAAUGCAGAUGACUCAGUCAUCAACUGUAUGCAUAACUUAUCUCGCCGCAUUGCCAUAGCCCUGCAGCAUGAGGAGCGUAGAUGUCAGUAUCUCACCAGAGAAGCCAAGCUAAUGCUGGCAGUACAGGAUGAGGUCACCACCAUGACCGAGACGGAUGACGCCCCACAGUCGCCUUUUCGCCAGAUCCUUCCCAAGUGUAAAUUAGCAAGAGACCUUAAAGAGGCCUAUGACAGCCUCUGCACAACUGGAAUUGUGCGCCUACACAUUAAUAACUGGUUGGAGGUCAGUUUCUGCCUUCCCCAUAAAAUCCACCGGGUGUGCGGAAAACACAUCCCACCGGAAGCUCUGGAGCGCAGUCUAAAAGCAAUUCGGCCGUAUCAUGCAUUGCUGCUGCUGGAUGAUGAGAAAGCUUUGCUGGCUCAGCUCCCUCUGGACUGCUCUCCUGCUUUGGUGCGACUCAUCAAAACCUGUUCAGCUGUAAAGAACCUGCAGCAGUUAGCUCAGGACGCUGAUCUAGCUCUCCUACAGGUCUUUCAGAUAGCUGCACAUUUGGUGUACUGGGGUAAAGCCAUCAUUAUCUAUCCACUCUGUGAGAACAACGUCUAUAUGCUCUCUCCUCAUGCAAACAUCUGCAUCUACUCUCCUCUUGCUGAGCAGUUCUCUCUCCAGUUUCCAGGUCAUGACCUGCCCUCCAUGUUAGCCAAAUUCUCACUUCCUGUGUCUCUAUCUGAAUUCAGGAACCCACUUGAUGCCCCUGUUCAUGAGGCCCAGCUCAUUCAGAUGGUGGUGUGGAUGCUCCAGCAUCGGCAGUUGUAUCAGCUCCACACAUAUGUUUGUCUGAUGGUUCCACCCAUGGAGGAGGAGCCUGGUCUGCAGGAGGAGGAGCCACCCUUGUUCACACGCGUUACAUGCCGAAGUCUGAGUACGCCCAGUGCCCUGAGCUUCGGUUCUCCUACCAGUAGCGAUGACAUGACUUUGACAAGUCCCAGUAUGGAUAACUCGAGUGCUGAGCUGCAGACUGGCGGAGACUCUCCUCUGAAUAAGGGGAUGACAGAAACUUUUCUGGCUAGCCUGACUGAACACGAGCGGCAGGCCAUCCUCCGCGUGCCAGCCGCACAGAACCCAGAGGACCUGCGGUUGUUCGCCAGGCUGCUGCAUUACUUCAGAGGACGGCACCACCUGGAGGAGAUCAUGUACAACGAGAACAUGCGUCGUUCCCAGCUAAAGACUUUAUUUGACAAGUUUCGGAGCGUUUUAGUGAUAACCAACCAUGAAGACCCCAUUAUCUCUCUCUUCCAAUCACCACCAGAGUAAAAGCACUCGGCUCACUUAACCCACGAUGGACCAUGUGAUGGGUUUCAGCAAUGGUAUUGGUAAUGAAUGAUUUAGGCUGGGAGUAAUUUAUCCAACUUAAAGCAGUAUUCAAAAGUUUCAGCCAAAGGAAAAUAAGGAAUGUUUCAGUUUUGAAAGAGGCCUAUGUGUAUGCAAUAUAUCGUGAAUGAUGUACUGUAUACAUUUAUAUUGCUGUGUGGUUCGUACUUGGACAGCCAUAAAACAGAUCUUUUCAUUAUUCCA